CAUCCUGCGUUUUUCCGUCCAUUAGCAUUCGAGUCAACCAUAAUCAAACCCAUCUGCAGUCGGAUAAUAUCCCCUUAAAAACACCCAAUGCUGCUUCGUCAACUCAACUGAAUGCAAAAUUUCAUCACGGUUAUCAGAUGCAGGGCUCUGGCCCCGUCUCCAGCAGCUGAAGCACACCAGUCUCAUCCUCUCUGCUUUCCUCCUCGUCACUGAGCCAUGACCACCCAGAGGGAAAACGAUUUGGUGCACCUCCGCCUUAUCCUGGUCAGUGGCAAAACGCAGGACUUCACUUUCUCCCCGAAUGAUUCGGCCACAGACAUCGCCAAGCACGUGUUUGAGAACUGGCCAGCAGGAUGGGAGGAAGAGCAGGUGAGCAGUCCCAGUAUCCUGCGCCUCAUCUUUCAAGGGCGUUUCCUUCAUGGCAAUGUGACCCUAGGAGCUCUGAAACUGCCACCGGGCCGAACCACCGUCAUGCACCUCGUUGCCAGAGAGACUCUUCCAGAGCCAAACUCUCAUGGUCAGAGGAACAGGGAAAAAACCACAGAGAGCAACUGCUGCCUCCUCUUGUAAAACAGAGACGGACCCCCUCCCUCUCCCCGCUUUACUAACAUCCCAUAAACGAAACAUAACGCACACAUAUCUAAACAUGCACAAAGUCCUUUUUCUCCUGCCCCGCCGUCAGUGGGCUUGGAAUAAAACGCAGGAAGUCUGUUCGGGGCCAUCACGCGCUUCAGUUAAACUUCUGUCCGUUCUGAAGCUUUUUGUGCCAAUUUAUUGACUCCCAUUCCCCAAUUUUUUACUCUCAGCAUUAUGUUUCUUGCUUUUUUUCUUUUUAUUUGAAGAUCUUUUACCUACUACAGUCGCUGCUGGAGAUGUUUUUAAAAAAAGCUGGCGUAUUAAGCGACAGACCCGGGAACUCCUCAUGAACACUGAAGUGCUAUAAAGGAUUUGUGGGCUUUAACCCAUCCCUACUAGUCACAUAGACAUUUCCCCUGGUCUCACUGCACUUAACCAGUUUAACCAUGAAGUGUUUGUUGUGUUUAAUCUCUUCCGUCACGGUUUUCUUUCCGUUACGAACAGACCUAAAAUCCCCACGUGGCAGAAAACGUGCCAUCCACCUGACUCUCGCUUACUGAACUGUUUGUGUUAGCAUCAGUAGCUUCUGUUUGUUUCUGUCAGUGGACCAGUAAAGGGUGAGGUGGGGGAGACCAAUCGGGAGAAACACCUUUUUUUUGGGUCCACAAGAAACGGGAACGUACCGAUCGAGGCAGGAGAAGAUGUCUGAGGAUUUCAUGGACUGUUUGUCGCCCAUCGGGAGUUUUACUUUUGGACUUGGCUGCACAUUUGACGUUUCCUUGUAAAGGGAGGCGACGUGGUGAGGAACGUGCAGACUGAAGAAUCGAAAAGGGUGGAAAAUGGGAAGGAAGUGUUGAUUCAAGACCCCCACCACCACUACUACCUUCCUGCAAACCUCUAUAUUCUAAUAAUGAUUCAAAAUGUCUUUAAUUUUCCCCAUCUGGAUUAAGAGGGAUAAAAAAAAAAAAAGAAAGCUGGGUGGUGGGUCACCACCUCAUCAUUUGGUUGCUGUCGUUACUACUGGUUUGCCUUUUAUCGAGGAAUUCAUCAAUAUCACAAAUAUGGAAUUUUAAAUAUAUAAAUUUUUAUCUUGUGUAUAGGUAUUUGUUGAGUUUAAGUGAGUGUGUGUGUGUCUCAGGGUGUGAUGGACUGAAUGAAGACUAGUGAGGGCAUGCGUCGUGUUUUGUUUUCGAUUUAAAAAAUAAAAGGGGGGGGGGUGCACUGUGAGCGUCGACAGGCCGAGGUUUCUUCAGAAGUAGUUGGAAACCCUUCGAUUCCUUCCAAUGAGUGUUCUUUCGUUUGUGUUUGUGUCAUUCAGUGUCACUGCUAUGAAGUUUAGCUCAGUAUGAAUAAAUGUAAAAACUAAAAAUGCAAUGUGGUCUACAUAAA